AUGUUGUCGUGUGACUUUUCAACGCAAUGUUAUUGGCGAGCAAUAUUUCCAAAUCACUUUCCAUUCAGCUGGAUUGCAAAGUAAGAACUGAAAAUAGAUUAUUUUUAAUCUAUGACACAGAUGUUACAGUUUGUUUUUUUCAUAUGUGGUUUUAAAGCAAGUUCCUGUCUAUGAUUUCUAUCACAUGAGCGACAUCUGCCGGCUUUGGUUAAAAAAAGAAAAUUCUUAG